AUCCAUUCAAUGCAAUCGGCACCAACGGUGACCUAAUCAGCUCCAAAUACCGGGUAACACAAUCAACACUCGCAUGGAAUUGUAGUGCCAGAAAUGUUUUCGUUCAUUUCACAAAGACAAGGAACGAGUACUCAUCGUUAUUAAGUGGAAGGAAUAAAAGCCCAUCAUACUCUCAGAUCCAAAUCUCUUUUCGCUCUAUAUCAGAUCCCUCUGAUUGUAUCUUCUCCGAUCUCGGUUUUCGAAUUCGGACCGUCCAUCUAAGCUGACGAAUUCGACACCACCGUUGAUUGAUCGAGUACCGUGUUCGGUUCGGUUUUCGUUCGGAUCUGACUGAGCUCUCUCGGAGCUUCGCCACGGACCCAAUCAUGAAUCCCUUCUCGUCGGGAACGCGCCUGAGGGACAUGAUUCGGGCAAUACGUGCCUGCAAAACUGCAGCAGAGGAACGUGCUGUUGUAAGAAAAGAGUGUGCUGCUAUUCGUGCCUCAAUUAAUGAAAAUGAUCACGAUUAUAGGCAUCGUAACCUUGCAAAGCUCAUGUUCAUUCACAUGCUUGGCUACCCCACACAUUUUGGUCAAAUGGAGUGUCUAAAGUUAAUUGCAUCUCCUGAAUUUCCAGAGAAGAGAAUAGGAUAUCUUGGCCUCAUGUUGCUUCUUGAUGAAAGACAAGAAGUUCUAAUGUUGGUCACAAACUCAUUAAAACAAGAUCUCAAUCAUGCAAAUCAGUAUAUUGUGGGACUUGCCCUUUGUGCUUUGGGAAAUAUUUGUUCAGCAGAGAUGGCUCGUGAUCUUGCACCAGAAGUUGAAAGAUUGCUGCAAUUUCGAGAUCCAAAUACUCGGAAAAAAGCAGCAUUGUGUGCUAUAAGGAUUAUAAAGAAAGUACCAGACCUGGCGGAAAAUUUUAUAAAUCCUGCUGCUGCCUUACUUAAAGAAAAGCAUCAUGGAGUUUUAAUAACAGCAGUUCAACUUUGUACAGAUCUAUGUAAAGUCAGUGCCGAAGCCCUUGAAUAUUUCAGAAAGAAGUGCACAGAGAGUUUGGUCAAAACUCUAAAGGACAUCGUGAACAGUCCAUAUGCACCUGAGUAUGACAUUGCUGGCAUCGCGGACCCUUUCCUCCAUAUCAGAUUGCUUAAGUUUUUGCGUGUGUUGGGCAAAGGAGAUGCAGAUGCUAGUGACUUGAUGAAUGACAUACUUGCCCAGGUGGCAACAAAAACUGAGUCAAACAAGAAUGCUGGAAAUGCUAUUCUAUAUGAAUGUGUUGAAACUAUCAUGAGUAUUGAAGAUAAUGGUGGCUUACGUGUGCUUGCUAUCAAUAUCUUGGGAAGAUUCUUGUCAAAUCGUGACAACAAUAUCAGAUAUGUUGCAUUAAACAUGCUGAUGAACGCUAUAAAUGUAGAUGCUCAAGCGGUGCAAAGGCAUCGGGCAACAAUCUUGGAAUGUGUAAAGGAUUCAGAUGCUUCAAUUCGGAAAAGGGCCCUUGAGCUUGUUUAUCUUCUAGUAAACGAGAGCAAUGUGAAGCCUUUAACAAAAGAGCUGAUUGAAUAUCUGGAAGUAAGUGAUCAAGAUUUCAAGGGAGAUCUUACCGCCAAAAUUUGUUCCAUAAUUGCAAAGUUUUCACCACAGAAGAUAUGGUACAUUGAUCAGAUGCUCAAGGUUCUCUCUGAGGCUGGAAAUUUUGUAAAAGAUGAAGUCUGGCAUGCCCUUAUUGUUGUGAUAAGCAAUGCUUCUGACCUCCACGGAUAUACUGUAAGGGCAUUAUACAGAGCAUUACAAGCAUCAACUGAACAGGAAACUCUUGUUCGAGUGGCAGUUUGGUGCAUAGGAGAAUAUGGUGACAUGUUAGUCAAUAAUGCUGGAAUGCUUGAUAUAGAGGAUCCAAUAACUGUAACAGGAUCUGAUGCUGUGGAUGCCAUAGAGCUUGCCAUUAAGAGCCAGACUUCAGAUCUCACCACCAAAGCAAUGUCUUUGAUUGCUCUGUUAAAGCUCUCUUCCCGUUUUCCAUCUUGUUCAGAGAGGAUCCGAGAUAUGAUCAUUCAACACAAAGGAAGCCUUGUUCUUGAAUCACAGCAGAGAUCCAUCGAAUUCAAUUCUAUUAUUGAGAAGCAUCAGAAUAUUAGGUCUGCGCUGGUUGAAAGGAUGCCCGUUUUGGAUGAGGCAACUUUCAUUGGAAGGAGGGCAGGUUCGACGCCAGCAACAGUUUCAACUUCCAAUGGAGCAUCACUUAAUCUUCCAAAUGGAGUUGCCAAACCUCCUGCGGCGCCUCUCGUAGAUUUACUUGAUCUAAGUUCAGAUGAUGCUCCUGCACCUAGCUCUUCUGGUGGUGAUUUUCUUCAGGAUCUUCUUGGUGUUGAUCUGUCACCAGCAUUACAACAAUCCGGUACAAAUCAGGCUCCAAGAACUGGCACAGAUGUUCUACUGGAUCUUUUGUCUAUCGAAACACCUCCUGCACAAAGCAGCUCAUCCACACCUGAUAUAUUAUCUGCCAGUCAAGUUAACAAAUCACCAGUUUCAUCAUUGGAGGGACUCUCAUUGUCAUCUUCACUUUCUGCACGAGCCACUACUCCUGUAGGAGCUUCUCCUAUGAUGGAUUUGUUGGAUGGCUUUGUUCCCAAUUCACCAAUACCUGAAAAUAAUGGUCCAGUUUAUCCAUCUGUCAUCGGGUUUGAGAGCAGCUCCUUGAGAAUAUCGUUUGACUUCUCUAAGCCACCUGGAAACCCACAAACAACAUCAAUCCAGGCUACUUUUACAAAUUUGUCACCAAAUGUCUAUACAGAUUUUAUUUUCCAGGCAGCAGUUCCAAAGUUUCUUCAAUUGCACCUGGAUCCAGCUAGCAGCAAUACUCUCCCUGCAAGUGGUAGUGGAUCCAUCACACAAAACUUGAGAGUUACUAACAGCCAACACGGAAAGAAAUCUCUUGUCAUGCGAAUAAGGAUAGCUUACAAGAUCAACAACGAAGAUAUUUUGGAGGAAGGACAAAUUAACAAUUUCCCUGGUGGUUUGUGAGAUUGGAUAGCGUUUUGAUGUGUUAAAGAUGGUGGUGCAGCAGGACUUUUCUUAGUUGCGGCUGGUGGUGUUGGUGCAAUCUUCUGUUUCAAUUCUUCAAUUUGGCGCGGUAAUGAUUUGUAACAAUUAUCGCUGAUUUUGCUUUAGUUUGGGGUCAUGGCUUCACACUUCUUUUUCCCCGUUCUUUUUUCCUUUUUGCAAUUUUCUUCCUCGUGUAGGUGUUCUAUGUACAUUAUUACACAAUAUUCCUGCAAGGAAUCCUGGUAAUUGAAUUUUGCCUAGAGGCACAUAGAGGAGGGAGGGAGCUCAUGUGUCAUUGAAUACAUGAGGUGCUGUUGUUAUUUUGUAGUUUGGAUUCACUCACGAGCUUUUUUGUUUGGGAAUCAUUAAAGUCUCUGAGUUUAAACAGUUAGCAUAUUCCGAUAUGAUUUUAUGUAAUAUUUCAUCAUUAUAAGUGAAAUAUCAGCUUUUUUUUUU